UUUCUAGUUCCUUCCACGCAGCUAUUUUCUGCUCUAUAUAUAAAACGAAGCUCCCAUUCUAACUAAGUCAGUCGACCCUGGAGAAAGAGCAAAUAACAAAAAGAAGAAGAAAUGGCGAAGGCGCGGUCGGUUGGGGUGGCAAUGGACUACUCUGCAACAAGCAAAUCAGCUCUGAAAUGGGCAAUUGAAAAUCUGAUAGCGGAAGGCGAUCGAAUCGUCAUCAUCCACGUCGUCUCCCCCAAAGCCGACCCAACCAACAAGCAGCUCUUCGAGGACACUGGAUCUCCCUUGAUUCCUCUGGUGGAGUUUAGAGAGAUGGAUGUGUGUAAGAAGUAUGGACUCACCCCUGACCCUGAGGUUCUUGACAUGCUUGAUACUGUGUCGAGGCAGAAAAAGGCUGUGGUGGUGGCUAAGGUAUACUGGGGAGAUGCAAGGGACAAGAUAUGUGAUGCUGUGGAUCAUCUCAAGCUUCACUCUCUUGUGCUUGGAAGCAGAGGUUUAGGAGUCCUUAAGAGGGUGUUGCUUGGGAGUGUGAGUAACUACGUGGUGCAAAAUGCUACAUGUCCGGUGACGGUCGUGAAAGAACCAUCCAAGCGCUAAGGUUGUUCCAACUAUUAAAGCAACUCAUCAUAUCAACAUUCAUAUAAUGUAUCAUACAUGUCUAUCUUGUAAACUUUUAUGGAUAAAGCAGCCUCUUAUGUAUCAUUCCGACUUUCAAGUUUUGUACUUGUGUUUGAUAUGGUUUUCUAAAGAUUAUUUAUAGUUCUUGCAUGAUUGAAUAUUAUUUUGUAUCCUUC